GGAAUUUGUGAUGAAUAUGACACUGUGCGCUUUUUGAAGAAUAAAAGUACCCUCUCGUGAAGGUGUUUGAGGAGAGAAUAUUUCUGAGUACUGUUUUAAUUAUUUCAGCUCAGAGAUCCGACCGCAUCACUCCCAAAUAUUGGUGGCCCAUACGGGGAGUUUGGUUUGCGGUCGCUCCUCCGGAGAGGGGCCUGGGUGGCUGUGGCCCAGGGCCCACAGCAGGAGGAGUGCCCCAGCUGAUGUGUUGACUUCUUGUCUGCAUUGCUUGGAGGGAUGACAGGUGGACGAGAACUGCUGCUCCUGGCAGUGAUGCCCCUCCUGGUGAGAUGUCAGAAACCAAGUGUGUCCAUGUAUCCUCGUCUGGAGUCGAUCUUCACUGGAGACUUGUUUUACUUGUAUUGUAAGGAUGUUUCGAAUGGAAGCACAGCAACCUGGUAUUUCAAUAAUGAAGCUCUGGAAAACAAGAAUAGUAUCCUGAAGAUAGCACCAGCUGCCUCCAAAAACUCAGGAACCUACCAAUGUAAAAUCAAAGACACAAGGAGUGAUGACUUCCAUGUCCGUGUUCUCGAAUACGUACCCAUUGCAUCGCUCACCAUCGCAACAGGUCAGCCAGUGAUGCGCAAGUACAGCAAAGUUUUACUGGAAAUUGAAAAUGAAACCGGACUGGACGGAUGGUUCUGCAAAGUUACCCGGGGAGAACAGACAUGGGCGGUUUACCUGAAACAGGUCGACAAAAGUGCAACGUCAUUUGUCUUUGAAACCAGGCCACUGAAUGUCCCUGAGACCAUUUAUUGGUGUGUUAAGAAGAAUGACACCUACAGAAGUAACCAAGUCAUACUCAGGACCACUGAAAAGGAAGUGACUCUGGAAAUGGACCCGUUCCCUGCAGCAGCAGGAGAGACUCUGACCCUGACGUGUCUAGUGUGGGGAACGAAUGACAUUAGCAACUCUGUUUUCUACAAAAACAACAGAAUCUAUGCGACCGUUACAGGACCUAUCUAUAAAAUCACCAAAAUCAAUGAAUCUGAAGGAGGAGAUUUUAAGUGUGAAGCCACCUACAGAUACAAGGCCCAGACCAUAGAGGCCUCACAUAAAUACGACUCUGAUGUUCAGGAGGUGCUGGUCCAUGCGAGUCCGUUCAGAGCGGUACUCUCCGACAGCAUGCAGUGCUCCUGUCCAACCUGUAGCGGUCCAAUGACAUACAGUUACUACAAGCAAAACGCCAAAUCAUGGAAAAUGCUUGGGCAAGACCAACGACCCGGCAGCAGUGGUACUUACCACUGCAGAGCUGUUUUGGGCUACAUGAGGACCUUACCCAGCAACUCUGUGAAUUAUGGCACCAGCAUAAUUGGGACGGUGAUUGGGUUCUUGGUUGCUAUUGUUGGGAUAGGAAUUUGUGUUUUUCUCGUGAUAUUUUGUUGGUACAAGCAGAGAAAAACUAAAGGGGACAUUUAUGAGGAAGUACAGAUGAGGCAAACAGGAGAUCCGAAAUAUGAGACUCUGAACGUGGCGCGUGUGAAAGAGGGCGAAUAUGACACACUUCAACCUGAGACAGAGGGCAGAAAGGGGACAGGCGGUACAUACGAAGCACUGACGAAACAAGACAACAAAGAGGAGGUUUACCACACCCUGGGAGAAACCGUGGCGUCAGAAGGAGGAGACGGAGGUUAUGAAGCUCUAAAGAAAGAAGGAAUCCUAAAAGAUGAAUAUGAAACCCUGAAUACCAGUUCAGUAGAGAAGAAGACAGGCACAGGAAGUGAGGGAGGAGACGGGGGUUAUGAAGCUCUAAAGAAAGAAGGAAUCCAAAAAGAUGAAUAUGAAACCCUGAAAACCAAGCAAGCAGAGUGGAGGCCAGGCGCAUUAAGCCAGGUGGAGAUAGUGGAAGAGAUAAAUGAGAACAAAUGAGAGUUCAGAUGUAAGAUGAAGAAUGAUGGAUUUCCUUCCACCCAGAGGAGGAAGAGUAAGAGCAGCAUUACUUCAAUACAUUUGUUCUCAACUAGAAGUAAAAAGUAACCAUCCAAAAAAUGACUCAAAUAAGUAAAAAGGUACUUGGUUUAAAGGCUACUAAAGUACUUAGUGACAGUUUGAUCAAAACAUCUGAUUUAAUUUGUACAAUAUGAUGUAAUCAGACAAAAAUAUUAAGUAGUCUGGUAUUUUAAAGAGUAAAAAUAACAACAUUAGGACAAAAAAGCAAAUUCAGGAAGAAGAAACGGUUUCAAAUCUAACGUGUUCACAACAUAAAGCUCUUAAAAAACAAAUAUAGUAGGUAAAGUGUUUAUAUGUCAGAACAAAGUAGUUUUUCUGACAAUAUUUCCUGUUUACUGUAUAGUAAUUUGAGCAGACUCAGCAGAUAGAAAAUAACAAUAAAACAAUGAAACUGUGUCCGAACAAUCGGUCCAAAACAUCCUUGUUCUUCAUUCAAUGAAGUAACUUCAUGGAGUAACCAGAACGUGUGCUUUAAUUUCCCUUGGUAUUAAUAAAGCUCUUUUGAAUUUGAAGUAAGAGUAACUUUACUUCAAAAUAAUAUUUUGGUGCAGUAGAACUACCAUUUUUUAACUGUAUAACUGAGUAAAUGUUACUAGUUACUACCCACCUCAGCUUCAACUAGCUGUCUGAUGACCUGCGCAGCCUUAUAUUGUUUAAUUAUGGGGAAAAUUAUUUUAGUUCACGUCUGUUGUUUAUAUUUAUAAUGUUAAAUAAAUGAAACUCUAAAAAAAAUCAACAAAAUGCCAAUAUGUGUUACAAAAUGUGGUAAAAUGUUCAUUUAUGGAGAGAACAUCAACAAACAAAACAAGUCUUUCUGUUUUUUAAAGUCAGAUUGCUUCACAGUAAUCGACAUCUGUUUUCAUUGCUUACCUUCACAUUACACGUACUUUGAAUCGCAGCAAAACUAUUAUUAACUCACUCUGCUAAAAAAAGAUUAACCAGAUGCAAAUAAUACACAGCUUCGCAGUAGGAAAAUGCACAUUUACCAGUAAAACAUGCAGUUAUAACACAGGGAACAUUAUUACAUGCUUCAGUAUUAUUUUUUACGGAUUUGUUUUGCAUUUUGGAAACAGAAAAUCACACAUUUUUAUAUGCAGAUGUAAACAUUUUUUACAGUAUUUUGUUUUAUACCCAUGUCUGCUAAAAUAAAAGCUUCAUAAAUCUAA